AUGUUACCCCUCACGUCCUACCCCCCACCCCACCCUACCACAACCCUCCCCUGCCCCACCGCCGCCGCCUACGGCCAAGGAGUGGCGGCGUGCAGGCGACGGGCGGCCGACCUAAUCACCGCCCACUCCCACCGGGGGUCGUCGUCGGGUUGUGGCCGUAUCGGCGUGCGGCUCCGGCAGCGGCAGUUCAGGAAUGAGGAGGAGCGGCGGCGAGGCGCAUCCAGCCACGGCUCGGAGACGAGGAGGUUCGGGCGGUGAAUCCGGUGAUGACGAGGCGCGUGGGCGGCGUGCGGCUAUUGGCUCGGGCUUCCUCCGGUAGCCAGCGAUGGCGACGCCUUGCGGCAGCGGCGGGCGCGGCCGGCGACGACGACGGCCUGCGACGGCGACGGCUUGCAGCAGCGGCGGGCGGCCGUCCUCCGCCCGGAUCCGGCGGCGGCGGCCCGGUGGCGGCGGGAGGAGAGCCCAGCGGAGGAGUCGGCAAUGGUGUGGCCGGCGACGGCGACGGCUUGCGGCGGUGGAGGAUGGGGGAGGCGAGGGGGAAGAGGCUUCGUGCUCCUCCAGUCGGGCGCAUUCGCCGCCAUUCCGCCCGCGCUCGCCGAGGCCAUCGGCGCCGCUGGGUAGGGCGCGAGUGUCUUGGAGGUGAUGGGCGGGGCGCGCAGACUGCUCGUGCCGGACCCGACCGGGACCUGCUCCCAACUCCCGUGGCAUGCAAGUUGAGUGGUGCCAGAUCCGGCGGCUACGACUGGGCAACGGCUGAUCCGGGGAAGGCUUCGUGCUCACUGGUGCUGCCUUCUCCCAUGACUCCGACCUCCCUCUCUAGCCGCCGCCGGCGUCCCCCGCUGGAUGCAGUCAAUGUAGGCUCGGGACUCGCCUGAUCUGGGGUGGAUCGACGACCAUUGGGCUGUCGAAGCAUAGCAGAGACCCAGGCAGAGGUGUAGGUUGCUGCUUGCAGGUCCGCCACUGCCCGUGGACAGACAGUGCUCGUCGAUCGCAUUGCUGUAGGCGCCAGCGACUAGUCCUGCCAGGCCUGACUGGAGAACGGUGGGAUUUGGUGCUGCUGCACCCUCAGCGGCGCUGGUAUAUGCUCAUGUGAAUACAACCAAGUACAUUUUCAGAUCCGGUUGCUAGCCAGUGCCAUGGAGGAGCAGCAACAACCACCUCCAUGACGCGACGCCGUCAAUGUCCAGCCAGCGCCAGUCAUCUCCGCCACCAACCACCGACUGGUCUCUAGAUCUAUGUUAUAUUGUCAUGGAGUAAAAUGUUUACUCACACCAUAUGAUUGUUUCAUGGCGUGUAGGCUUAUUGUAAAAAAGUUACUAUUCUCAUAUUUCUCAUUGUAUUCAUAUCGUGUAGGCUUAUUGUAAAACAUUUACCAUGUGCUAAUAAGUGUCCGUGAAAAAUACUUGAGUCUA